AUGAAGCUGUUCAAGCUUACAGCUUUGAUUUUUUUUUUGUUCUUUUGGAUUGAAUCCCUAGCUCCACCUACAAAGCCUCAAGAUGUAGGUGGCUUCAACAUUACCCAGAAAUUUAUAGAAGAGAACAGUGGAUCCUUGGCUGUCAUCGCAGGUUCCCAGUAUGCUCAGGAAGCCACCGUUGACGAAACUGAAAUGCCCGUUGAAAUGACACAUUGUAAGGACAGAUGCCUGGCCAACCCGAAACUUCCAGAAUGCUUAGAGAUGGCUGAUGCAGAGCAUUUCCCAGAGUGUAAGAUGAUGCUCAAGGGUAGGGGUCAAGAGGUUCUACUAAGUAUAACUUGUCACAAUGUUGCAGUCAAGUUGACAGCUGAAGGAAGACUCUGUUUCUUAUAUAAAAAGAAAGCCACUGUGGGAUUUCUGCCUCCUUUUUCUAGGCUGGAUCCUGAAGAGAAAUGCCAGGCUUAUAAAAAUAACAGUGACUCUUUCAUAAACAGCUACACUCUUGAACUUGCUAGAAGAAAUCCCUUUGUCUUCCCAGUGCUUCUAACGGUCGCUGCUGGUUUUGAAGAGAUGGCAAAGAGGUGUCGUGAGGAACAGCAGAAAGCCAACUCCUUUCCAGCAGAGGAAGCACCCACCAUGCAGUACUUGAAAGCAUUAUCUUCUUAUCAAAAAACUGCUUGUGAGGCGCUUUGGAAGUUUGGACUGCGCGUCUUACGUUCUGUCUGUGAGGAAGGCGAGCUGCGGCCCCAGCUCCCCGCAGAGGAGCUGAUCUUCCUUGGCGAGGAAAUGGUGGCAGCGUUUACGACCUGCUGCUCACAGAGCAAAGCGUUUGCCCGUGGUGGUAGUUUGGCAGCCUCCAUCCUUGGAGACUUACGUGGGAUACAUGAAGCCCGAACCAUCACCCCCGCCGUGGGCCCCUGCUGGAAAGCAAACGUCGCCUUCCGAAGGCCCUGCCCUGAGGGCCUGAGAGCUGACUAAAUGCAUGAGCCUCCACCAGCCUCUCAGGAUUCAUUUGCUUUCCAUGCGGACUGGUGUCUGGCUCCGGAUGAGGAACUACAGAGCAAGAAAAGCAGGUGGGAACAACCUCUUGCGU